AUGGGAGACGAUCCUCACUUGGGUACCAUAUCCUUCUUCGGAGCGAUGGGUUGCGCAGCCGCCAUCAUCUUCACAGUCUUGGGCGCAUCUUACGGCACCGCCAAGUCAGCCGAGGCAAUAUUCACGUCGGGCGUAACCCGCCCAGAUCGGCUGAUGCAGAACACGUUCUGCGCGAUCAUGGCUCAGAUCCUCUCCAUCUACGGCCUGGUAGCCAGCGGCUUCCUCCCGCUAGGUGCCGGCAUCAGCGUCGGGCUUAGUGGCCUCGCGGCUAGAUUCGCUAUCGGUAUAGUUGGGGAUGCGGGAGCUAAUAGUCAGCAGCCGCGGCUCUACGUCGGCAUGGUUUUGAUUAUAAUAUUCGCUGAAGUCCUUGGUCUUUACGGCGUUAUCGUUGGAAUCCUAAUGUUAACCAAGUCGAAGGAGAACAUCACCCAGUGUCUGUACUAA